CAUAAACAGACAACACGUGUGUGGUGGAUGUUGCACGUAGCCAAUGCACUGCGGCAGCUUGACCACCCUGUCUUCGAAAAUAAAACUUAUCAAAGUCAUUUGGUAGUUAGUCGAUCAUCAUGAGUUUUGUAGGAUAUGAGGAAAAGGUUCGUCCUAAUGACACAGUGAUCAUUUUUCUUGGGCAUGAUUCAAUGAUGCCGCUAAAAAUGGUUUUUGGGUGCACAACUCAAACCAAGUACGGAGCCCUGCGCCACUCUGAAAUCAUCGGGAAACGUUACGGGUCGAAAUUAUCGACUGUCGGUGGAAAAGGAUGGGUUUACGUGCUUCAUCCUACUCCAGAGUUAUGGACUGAAAAUCUUCCUCAUAGAACUCAAGUGUUGUAUUUUCCAGAUAUCAGCUUAUUGACGAUCGAGUUAGAGCUGAAACCAGGCAGUAUUGUGGUAGAAGCAGGAACUGGCAGUGGAUCUGUUUCCCAUGCUCUAACUAGAACUAUAGCUCCUGAUGGUCAUCUCUACACUUUUGAAUUUCAUGAGCAGAGAGCACAUCUAGCCACUAAUGAGUUCAAGGAACAUGGACUUUCUCACAUUGUCACUACAACACACAGGGAUGUUAGUCAGAAUGGAUUCCAGUUGGAGAAUGACUAUGUUGCUGAUGCUGUAUUUCUUGAUCUUCCAUCUCCAUGGAAUGUCAUACCUCAUGCUAAGAAGGUCCUAAAAUCAUCAGGGGGAAGGAUAUGCUCCUUUUCACCGUGCAUUGAGCAAGUGCAACGAGUAUGCCUUGAACUUGACCAGCUUGGGUUCUCUGAUAUCAAAACGGUAGAGUGUCUGAUGCGUACACAUGAGGUGAAGACGAUCAACCUUACUUUACCCAACCUAGGACAACCCUGUAUUAAGUCAGAUGCCAGAGACCCCAAACCAGACAAGGACACUUUGGAAAGGACAGAAGGUGGUGCACGUUUAGUUGACCUUGGAGCAAACUAUUCAUUUGAAGAACCAGGGUCACAGAGCUCCGCAGGAGACAGUACAUAUCCUAAGAAAUGUGCAGUAGCUCCAAGAGCAUCACCAGGACAUACUGGCUAUCUAACAUUUGCAUCGCUUUACUCUUAUCAUGAAUGAGGAUACAGUAAUCUGCCAUAAAUUUUGUUUAGAUUUUUACAUUGUAAAUCUUGUCUACUCAAAGGGCCUGGUACUAAUAUUCAUCUUGGACACAUGAAGUCAUUAAGUCAAUCUUUAAACUUUGAUGAUAAGGUUGGUAACCAGGAAUCUGAGUUUUACAAACAUGUAUCAGCUGCAGGUAUGAUUGUUUACAUCUAGGUGCCAACUUUCAACCAAUAAUGACACCAUCUGGAAGACAUGGUAACUCAUGCAUCAGAGUACAGACUUCAAAAAUAAGUUUGCGACUUCUAACUGCAGGUAUGUGUGACACAUGACAUGAUGCUGACUAGUCUCAUCUUGGCUACUGUGUCCAAAGGCCUUCUCAAUAGGCUUGGUGUGGUUAAGUUAGAGGUUAACCUUGACGUUAAGUAAUUUUUUUUUGUUCGUUACUCAUGGGAAACUCAUAACAUAAAUAAAAAGAGUUGAAGGAUGUAGGCAAUAGUGAGUGUAUAAGUAAAUCAUGUGUCGAUGUUUUUAUUUGAUGCACAUCUACAGCCAUGCAUCUUGGAAAUUGCCAAUUGGUCUUUACCCACUUGACUUUGUCUACUUACCUUUUUGGUCUCAUCAUUGAUACCAUCCUACAUGGUCUGAUGAUUUUGUCUACAACUAUUUCAGUCUAAUUUCCAAUUGGGCUAUACCUAUUUUGUCAAAUAUCUGCUCGGUCUAACACCAUAUAUUCUGUAUGAUUAGGUUUAACUAUUUAUGAACCAAUUUUUUAUGUGACUAAAUGAAAAAUGACAAGAAGACCAAGUGAGUAUUAGACAGAGUGA